GGUCCCGUGGCUGCUAUGCGAACAAAUCAUUUGGUUUUUUCCCUCCUCCCUUCUCUCUCUCUCUCUCUUAUUGGCUGCUACUGCGUGCUCUGUGUGUGUGAGAGAUAGAGAAGAAAAAACAAGUAGAAGAAAUAGUCGCAGGUCCAAUCAAAGCAAGUGUGAAUAAUUGCAAUGGGAAGAUCCCCUUGCUGCUCCAAGGUUGGGCUCCGAAGAGGCCCUUGGUCCACUAAAGAAGACACUCUUCUCGCCAAUUACAUCACUCAACACGGUGAAGGCCAAUGGAGAUCUCUCCCAAAGAAAGCCGAUCUAAUGAGAUGCGGCAAGAGCUGCCGGCUGAGGUGGAUGAACUACCUCCGCCCGGGGAUAAAGCGCGGCAACAUAAGCGAAGACGAGGAGGAUCUCAUCGUCCGCCUCCACGGCCUCCUCGGCAACCGCUGGUCCUUAAUCGCCGGCAGAUUGCCAGGUCGAACGGACAAUGAGAUCAAAAACUACUGGAACACUCACCUCCUCAAGAAGCUCAACUCCGCCGCCGCCCCCCACAAGGACCUCCCCCACCUCGCCACCAAGCAGCACAAGAAGAAGCACAAGAAGCCAACCCCUCCGCCGCCGCCCAAGACCAAAGUGUGCGUGCCGAAGCCGGUCAGAGUGUCGUCGGCCUUCUCCCGCAGCAGCAGCUACGACAGCUUGGCCUCCAACAGCGACGCCGCCUACGUGCCGGACAAGGAACACCUCUCAUUCCCGCCGGUGCCCUGGCCGCCGAUUUUCGAGCUCGACGGCCCCGAUGAUUUCCUCGACGGAGGGUUUAUCUUGCCGGUGCUUAACCACUCCGCUUCCAUAUCCAGCGAUGUCAACAUGUUGGACCAGGUCUACGAUGAGUACCUCCAGCUUCUCUAGAAGAUUUACUACUAAUAAAUAUGGAAUCAUUUUAAAAAAUAUAUGUAAAUAAAUAAAAAAUAUGUAUGCUUGUGCCAUAAUAAACUACUCCACUACUUUUAUUCU